CUUUUAGGCGCGUAUUAACUACACUGGGUCGCCACUAUUCCCAAAACAAGCCGCUGAUUUCGGAAGAAAAAUGGUCCACACAACCAUUAAACAAGCUUUAAGGAACACCCUGCAGGAUCUGAGUCGGGAGGACUUUCUUGAGUUAUGUCACCAGCUGAAAGACCGCAGGGAAGAGCCGCGGGUCCGCUACAGGGAUGUGGAGAAUAAAAGUGUAUUGCAGAUCACAGACCUCCUGGUUUCAACCUUCACCGAGCGCGGAGCUCUUCCAGUGGCUUUGGGUAUACUGAAGCAGAUAAACUGCAACCAGGAGGCUGAGACGCUGUAUUCAGAAACCAAAGCCUGUGUGGACGUAAAAGGUGACCCUACCUUCCGUAAGACCUCGAGCGGGGAGUUGGAUACGAAGCCCUCACAGGAGGCUCUGAACCAUAAGGCCGGCCGGUGGCGUUUUUCAUCUCCUGUGACGGGGAAGAAGCCAGAGGAGGUGGAGGCCGAGGCCAAGGCCCGCGUUCUCUCUGAGGGCGGCGAGCCUUGUAUUGAAAGGCUCGUUCUGAGCAGGUUUAUGAUUCAGUUCGGCCAGUACAAAGAUCAAACCUUCAAAUGGCUGUUGGAGAAUGAUUUGAGCUACGCCGCCAUAAUGGUGGCUCGCCAUGAGAAGCAGCGCCAGAACACAAAGUGGCAGAGCCCGUUGAUGGCCAAUAAGGAUUCCUUGACCCGAUAUGCGAUUGCUUACCCUGAGGUUUUGCAAGAAGUCAGAUUUCAUCGUGGUUACGAGAGAUCCCUCCAGUCAGGCCAGGAAGGAAAGGCCCUGGUUGGCUUUGGUAUUCACCGAUCAGACACACUGCAGGAUCUGUACGAGUCUGAGGACAGGGUCAAAAUCAGCUAUGUCAACUUCCUCCGGAACAAGAAGUCAACCUGUGACCCUGGGUCCAAAAUGGACAUCGCUGUCAGAUACAUUUUACAGCGUGACCAAAAGCAGGCAGCAGCAUCCAGAAAGAGACGUGCCUCAAGCGACACACGCACCGGAGCCCCUCCCAAAGUUGCAGCCAAACGAGGCGGCCGACCCGGCGUUGGAGGGAGAGGCAGCUGGUAGCCAUGGGGACCAAUGACGCGCUCCUACACCAGGAAACAACAGAACUGAAUAACCUCCCAAGCGUCUACGGAGGGAGCUGAAAAAAGGGGCUGGAGGACAUCAUUCCACCCGCUGUGACCAACGCUCUUUCUCUUUGGAAGUCAGUGGCCUGUUAUCCUUCGGCCGAGGGGAGACUCUUCGGACAAAAAUAACAAAGGAGCCAAAAGUUGUUUUCUCUAAUUAAGCAUUCAUUUAAAGAUGUUGUUUUGUUUUGUUUUUUGGGGUGGGGGCCGUGUUUUUUUCUGAUACAAAUCGGGGGUCUAAAGAUAACGGAUGAUGUAUGCUUUGCAAAUUGUAAAACACCUUGAGGCAAAUUUGUGAUAUUGGUCUAUAAAUAAAAUUGACUAAUACAUGUAUAAACAUUAAUAAACCCCUUUUAUUACAACUC